AGUGCAUUGGGCUAUGUCCCAAUUCUAUUUUUCGCAAAGAAAGAUAAGGCCUCUGGAAAGUGGGUGUCUGAUGUGGUGACCCAUCUGCUACCCACUGAGGACAACCUAAAAAUUGUGGCCACCAUGAGAAAGGCCUACAAUUUUGUAUUGAUCAAAGAAGGGAACUCCACGACGACAUUGCCCGAUCCACACCGUCAGGCCCUCCUCGAUCCACACCCUGAGGCCCUGCUCGAUCCACACCCUGAGGCCCUGCCCGAUCCACACCCUGAGGCCCUGCCCGAUCCACACCCUCAGGCCCUGCCCGAAGACUCCGGAAGUGACGUAGUAUGUGCCGCUCGGCGGAUAAGAAGAUAAAAAUAUAUAUAUUUGUGCAAAAUUGACUUAAUUUAUUUAAUAUAUGCUUUUUUGGAAAUGUUCUAGAUUUCUAAGAAAUGUGUUUUUGCACUAUUGUAAAACAUUUCUUGAAUAAAAAGGAUAAAAAAAAUA